AUGGAUGAAAAUUACGAUGUUAUUGUCUUAGGUACUGGGCUUACCGAAUGUGUCCUCUCCGGUUUAUUAUCGGUGGAAGGCAAGAAGGUUCUCCACAUCGACCGCCAGGACUUUUACGGUGGUGAAAGCGCCUCCUUGAACUUGACUCAGGUUUACAACAAAUUCGCCCCCACUAGAAAACCAGAUCAGUCACUCGGUAAGGACCGUGACUGGUGCGUGGACUUGAUUCCAAAGUUUUUGAUGGCAUCCGGUGAGUUGACCAACAUCUUAGUGCACACCGACGUCACCAGAUAUGUGGAGUUCAAGCAGGUGACUGGCUCGUACGUGUACAGAGACGGAAAGAUUGCCAAGGUGCCAGCCAACGAGAUGGAAGCCUUGAAGUCGCCAUUGAUGGGGAUCUUUGAAAAGAGAAGAAUGAAGAAGUUUUUGGAGUUUGUUGCCGCCUACAAGGAAGACGAAGCUUCCACCCACGCCGGCUUUGACUUUGACAAGAACACUGCAACCGAAGUUUUCUACAAGUACGGCUUAGAGAGCGGUACCAAGGACUUUAUCGGCCACGCCAUGGCCUUGUGGUCCAAGGACGACUACUUGCAAGAGCCAUUCAGACAGACCUAUGACAGAUUGACAUUGUACUUUGACUCGAUGAAGAAGUUUGGCGGCGGUAAGUCGCCAUACCUCUACCCGUUGUACGGGUUGGGCGAGUUGCCACAGGGGUUUGCCAGGUUGUCCGCGAUCUACGGUGGUACUUAUAUGUUGGACACUCCUAUUGACGAAAUCUUGUACGAAGGUGAGGGCGAAGAUAAGAAGUUUGCCGGUGUGGUGACCAAGGAGGGGACCGCCAGAGCUCCAAUCGUGAUUGCCGACCCUACUUACUUCCCAGACAGAGUGUCCAAGACCGGAGAAAGAGUUAUCAGAGCCAUGUGCAUCUUGGACCACCCGAUCGCCAACACGGCGGAGUCCGACUCGUUGCAAAUCAUCAUCCCGCAGAACCAGGUCGGCAGAAAGAACGAUAUCUACAUCGCUGUCGUUUCCUCCGCCCACAACGUCUGCGCCAAGGGCCACUACUUGGCCAUCAUCUCCACCGUUUGCGAGACCGACCGUCCGCACAUCGAGUUGGAUCCGGCCUUCAAGGUGAUUGGCCAGACCAAGGACGUGUUGAUGGGAAUCUCCGAAUUGUACCAGCCUUUGGACAGCGGCUCUAAGAAUGGCAUCUACAUUUCCAAGUCCUACGAUCCUUCUUCCCACUUUGAAACCACCACUGACGACAUCAAGGACAUCUAUACCCGUGUCACCGGUAAGCCGUUGGUCUUGCAGAAGAGAGCCACUGCUGAGGAGGAGGAAGCCCUGGCUGCCAACUAG